ACGGCGGAAGCGGCGCCUCCUUUUCCUCGGCGGCGGCGGGUGGCGACGGGGAUGGCGCCGGCCGGGCUCGUGUGGUGCGUGGCGGCCUUGCUGGUGGCGCGCGGCCGGGCCGACGAGCACGAGCACACGUACCAAGACAAAGAAGAGGUUGUCCUGUGGAUGAAUACUGUCGGACCAUACCAUAACCGCCAAGAAACCUACAAAUAUUUCUCUCUCCCUUUUUGUGGUGGAUCAAAAAAGAGCAUUGAUCAUUACCAUGAAACACUGGGAGAAGCUCUUCAAGGUGUUGAAUUGGAAUUUAGUGGUUUGGACAUUAAGUUUAAAGAUGAUGUGAUGCAGACCACCUACUGUGAAAGAGAGUUAGACAAGCCAACAAGGGAUGCAUUUGUAUAUGCCAUCAAAAAUCACUACUGGUACCAGAUGUACAUAGAUGACUUGCCAAUAUGGGGUAUUGUUGGUGAAGCAGAUGAAAAUGGAGAAGAUUACUAUCUCUGGACCUACAAGAAACUUGAAAUAGGUUAUAAUGGAAACAGAAUUGUGGAUGUGAAUCUGACUAGUGAAGGAAAAGUUAAACUGGUUCCUAAUACCAAAAUCCAGAUGUCUUACUCUGUGAAAUGGAAAAAGUCAGAUGUGAAAUUUGAAGAUAGGUUUGACAAGUACCUGGACCCAUCUUUCUUUCAACACAGGAUUCACUGGUUUUCCAUCUUCAAUUCCUUCAUGAUGGUUAUCUUCCUGGUGGGCUUGGUGUCUAUGAUUUUAAUGAGGACGUUGAGGAAAGAUUACGCUCGCUACAGCAAAGAAGAAGAAAUGGACGACAUGGACAGAGAUUUAGGGGACGAAUAUGGUUGGAAACAAGUUCACGGAGAUGUCUUCAGGCCAUCCAGCCACCCGUUAAUAUUUUCAUCGCUGAUUGGGUCCGGCUGCCAAAUCUUUGCGGUUUCUUUCAUAGUGAUUAUUGUGGCGAUGCUGGAGGAUUUAUACACGGAGAGAGGAUCAAUGCUAAGUACCGCUAUUUUUGUUUAUGCUGCAACAUCCCCAGUGAAUGGCUACUUUGGAGGAAGUCUUUAUGCCAGACAAGGAGGAAGGCGGUGGAUAAAGCAGAUGUUCACCGGAGCCUUCCUGAUCCCUGCGAUGGUGUGCGGCACGGCCUUCUUCAUUAACUUCAUUGCCAUCUAUUACCAUGCAUCCAGAGCGAUCCCUUUUGGGACAAUGGUGGCCGUAUGUUGCAUAUGCUUCUUUGUUAUUCUUCCCUUGAACCUCGUUGGCACAAUACUCGGGCGAAAUUUGUCAGGCCAGCCCAAUUUUCCUUGUCGAGUCAAUGCUGUUCCUCGUCCAAUCCCAGAAAAAAAAUGGUUUAUGGAACCAGCUGUUAUUGUUUGCCUGGGCGGGAUUCUCCCAUUUGGAUCCAUUUUCAUUGAAAUGUAUUUUAUCUUCACCUCCUUCUGGGCUUACAAAAUCUACUAUGUCUAUGGCUUCAUGAUGUUAGUGUUGGUUAUCCUCUGCAUCGUGACAGUUUGUGUGACAAUUGUAUGUACGUACUUCCUACUAAAUGCAGAGGACUAUAGGUGGCAAUGGACGAGUUUUCUGUCCGCUGCUUCGACUGCAAUCUAUGUUUACAUGUAUUCCUUUUAUUACUACUUUUUCAAGACAAAAAUGUAUGGCUUGUUUCAGACAUCAUUUUACUUUGGUUAUAUGGCAGUAUUUAGCACAGCCUUGGGAAUAAUGUGUGGAGCUAUUGGCUAUAUGGGAACAAGUGCCUUUGUUCGCAAAAUCUACACUAAUGUGAAAAUUGACUAAGAAACUGAACUCUGAAACAGUCAACAUUUUAGGGGUGGGGUGGGGAGGGAACAGAGUAUAUAAACUUGCACACCAAAAAGCGCAAGAAGAAAAUCGUGUGUGUAACACUGGGCACUCUGUGGGUCUCUGUUUUGUGGAUCAUUUAAAGCAACAUCUGUUUUCAUUGAUCCUGCAUUCUUACUGACUUUCUCCAACUGUACUCAGCAAAUGCUUGGAUUUGUAUUCCGUAGGCAUUACCACAGUGCAGGCUAAUCUUCCCAAAAAGUAGCGCAUUAAAGAUGAAAUAGACUAGCUCUCUUCAGUGAAGAGGACAAAACUGUAUUUAAGCAUUUGUUCCAUUCAAUUAAAAAGGAAAGUGAGAAGGCGGCUCCUUAAACUAAGUAGUUACUAGUACUUAAAACAACACUCUUCCAGAAAGAUUUGUUCCCUCCAACUUUAAUGCUAUUUGACAGGGUAAAGUAACGCUGGGUGCUACCAGGUGUCAUUUGCAGUAUCAGCGUAUACACAUAACACACGUUUAUUCGAACAUGGCAAAUAAUUUGCAUGCAAUGUCAACUUACGACUCUUAAUUGGGCCAGUUUCCCAUCCAUUCAUCUUUAAAGGAAUAUCCAGCUAUAUCUGAGAUCCAUCCAUCCAAAGAAACUUUGAAUACUAAAGGUGGAGUUCUCUGCACUGUAAUUUGUUUGUACAGUUAGGAAGCAAAAAUGUUUAAACGAAGACGAUGCAAUCUGUUUUUAUUAAACACUUGGAGGUCUAGAUUAAAGAAGAAAUAACUGAAUGUCUGUAAUUUCUCUAUUUCUUUUUCUUUUCUUUUUUUUUUGGUUCCAAGCUGGUUCUCCUUUUUCUGUCCCCCAAGGUUGGAGUGUUUCAUUGAUGAUUUAAAAGGAGUAAUAAGUGUAUAAAACAUUAAAUAAUGUAACUUAGAUGUAGCUCCCAAAUGUAUUUGGAUGUACAGAUUUACUAAAGAAUACUUUUUUCUGAUGA